CUGUGGAUGGUUUUCUGGACGACUGACUUUCCCUUCCCAACUCGGUGCUUCUCCCAGACAACGACAUCAGCAACCACCAUCACGCCAUCCCCCCCAUGCAUCUCUUUUCACACGCGCACAUCGAUAGUUCUGGGUCGGAUCAUAAGCACGAGACAGAAAAUGAUCCUUUUCGAGGCCAUUCUCCAGAUGGUCACUGCGUCGGUGUCUGGAUCAGGACCAACAUGUCCGAUCCUCAACCAAACCCUGCAACUUUAAAUUAAUUAUCCAGGUUGCUGGGAAGGCAGUGAGCACCUCAUAUCCAUCUUCCAUCGUAUCACUGUGGGGCGCAGGACACUU